GACUAUUUUAUGGUUCAAGAUUGUUGAAGGACCCCAGUGGACGCUCCAGGCCACCGCGCUGCCGGGCGUCUCCCCGGAGGCCCUUGGCUGCAGGGGGGCCAGCUCAGCCCGGUUCCUCGGUCUCUGGGUCUACGCAGGGACCCCAGGGCGGCUCCGCGGGGCAGGGCGGGGCGCUGCCCGCGCGCACGGAGACUCCGCGGCCGCGGCCCAGGGGCGGGGGCGGGUGAUGCGGAAGUGCCGGGCGGGUGGUUGGACAAGCGCAGCUCCAGGAGGGCGAAGCUCGGCCCCAGCGCCUGGCCCGUGCUCCCGGGCGCAACCACGCGGGCGUACCGCAGACAGGUCCUCAGCAGGCCACACUUCCUCGGAUGUUUCAGUGGAGUGGAAACUUGUACUGCCGGCUUUCCAAGGCUCAAAUCCACAGGGCUAGGUCGGUAGCCAAGACCUGCUCCGUGGUCAAGGAGUCUGGGUAGACCCCCUGACCAGCCUGCCCUCUGAUGGAAAAUCAGAUCCUCCUCCCAGAGGCCGUCAGAGGGUGUAAGAUGGACUUUCUGAGGGCUGUGCCUUGGCUUCUGGGAUCCCCUGGGAAUCUGGGCAACUGCUUCUAUCUCAAGAGAAAGGAGUGAUGGAGCACAAAGGCACUGAAACUCGGAACUCCUGGCACUGAAAGUCUGAAUCAGACCAUCUCAGCCCAUCCCCAGGCGGGAGGAAGCCUCCUUGGGGCAUUGAUGCUGAGCCUGGAUCUGGGGCAUCUGGAUGCAGGCAAACGCCCUGCAGCUGAAGACUCUUCUGUGGUGUGCUGGACAGACCCUCUCUUGGCCCUUGCCGGGCUUGCCGUGGGAGGGCCUCUCCAGAGCCUGUCCCUGUGCUGCUUGAAGGGGCUGCACCUGCUGUCAAGAACUCAGAGUUAUAAUUUCAAAACCUUUGUGUUGAGGAGCAGUGCUGGACCGGGCCAGGCAGUGGACCCACCCAGACUUCCUCCUUGCCCGGGGCGGAGGAGCCAAUCUCUCUGGCCUCCCAGCUGUACCACAUUUGGCACAGCUGCGGGCCUGACCACGUAUUGAGGGGUCACCAGGGAAGCUUGCCUUUCCCUCUGUGUCGCAAGAGCCUUCCUCUGUGUAUCUUCUCUUAGGAUGACCUGCUACUGGUGACGGUCACCCCUCUAUUCUAGGCACCCAGGCCUUUGGGAGGGGAAGGGGGCUACACAUACAAACAUGGUGGUUGAGGCUCUCCAGGGCUGUGAACCCCACCAGUGGGCUUGGGGUUGGGGGAUGGGCUACCGGGUGAGAGAUGGCGCAUUUGGUCUGGGGACCCAAAUGUGAUCCCCUCCCUCCCCCAGCUCACAGUGAGUCAGGUUUCUGAGUUGUCCGGUCUGGCCACUUUCAUUUCCCCUGGGGCUGGGUGGAGGCUAGUGCAGAAAGGGGAACCGAGCCACCCAUCUUCUGAGGCCUGGGGGGCAGGGCUGGGCGCUCCCCCCACAGCCCCCCGCUGCCCCGUCCUGGUCCAGCGCUGGGCACUGGUCUGAGGAGAGGCCUGCUGAUGAGACUGCUUCAUGGCAUGGAGGUGGCACUUAGUCACCGCAACCCAAAAAGCCCCCUUGGCCAUGAACCAGCCCGCCCCCGCCGCCCUCCCUCCGCCCCGCCGCGUGCGGCUCAAGCCCUGGCUGGUGGCCCAGGUGAACAGCUGCCAGUACCCAGGGCUUCAGUGGGUCAAUGGGGAGAGGAAAUUCUUCUACAUCCCCUGGCGCCACGCCACGCGACACGGCCCCAGCCAGGACGGAGAUAACACCAUCUUCAAGGCCUGGGCCAAGGAGACAGGGAAGUACACUGAGGGGGUGGACGAGGCCGAUCCGGCCAAGUGGAAGGCCAAUCUGCGCUGUGCCCUCAACAAGAGCCGGGACUUUCGCCUCAUCUAUGACGGGCCCCGGGACAUGCCGCCUCAGCCCUACAAGAUCUACGAGGUCUGCUCCAAUGGCCCCGCUCCCGCAGAGUCGCAGCCCAGUGAGGAUUACUGUCUCGGGCCAGGGGAGGAGGAGGAGGAGGAGGAAGAAGAGCUCCAGAGGAUGUUACCAAGCCUGAGCCUCACAGAAGCAGUGCAGCCCGGCCCCCACAUGGCACCCUAUUCUUUACCCAAAGAGGAUGUCAAGUGGCCACCUACUCUCCAGCCUCCUGUGGUGCUGGGGCCCCCUGCUCCAGACCCCAGCCUCCUGGGCCCUGCCCCUGGCAACCCUCCUGACUUUGGGGAGCUGCUCUCUGAGGUCCUGCCAAACCCGCAGCCUGGGCCCCUGGCUGCCAGUCUGCCCCCUGCAAGCGAGCAACUCCUGCCCGACCUGCUGAUCAGCCCCCACAUGCUGCCUUUGACCGACCUGGAGAUCAAGUUCCAGUACCGUGGGCGGCCACCCCGGGCCCUCACCAUCAGCAACCCCCAUGGCUGCCGGCUCUUCUACAGCCAGCUGGAGGCCACCCAGGAGCAGGUGGAGCUCUUCGGCCCCGUGAGCCUGGAGCAAGUGCGCUUCCCUAGCCCUGAGGACAUCCCCAGCGACAAGCAGCGCUUUUACACCAACCAGUUGCUGGAUGUCUUGGACCGUGGGCUCAUCCUCCAGCUACAAGGCCAGGAUCUGUAUGCUAUCCGCUUGUGCCAGUGCAAGGUGUUCUGGAGCGGGCCCUGCGCCUCAGCCCAUGGCUCGCACCCCAAUCCCAUCCAGCGGGAGGUCAAGACCAAGCUCUUCAGCCUGGAGCAUUUUCUCAACGAGCUCAUCCUGUUCCAGAAGGGCCAGACCAACACCCCACCACCGUUUGAGAUCUUCUUCUGCUUUGGGGAGGAGUGGCCUGACUGCAAACCCCGAGAGAAGAAGCUCAUCACUGUACAGGUGGUGCCCGUUGCAGCUCGACUGCUUCUGGAGAUGUUCUCAGGGGAGCUUUCUUGGUCAGCUGAUAGUAUCCGGCUACAGAUCUCAAACCCAGACCUCAAAGACCGCAUGGUCGAACAGUUCAAGGAGCUCCAUCACAUCUGGCAGUCCCAGCAGCAGAUGCAACCCAUGGCCCAAGCCCCUCCUGUGCCAGGCCUCAGCGCUGGCCAGGGGCCCUGGCCCAUGCAUCCAGUCAGCAUGCAGUAAUGAGGCUGUAGACUGGCCCAGGCUUCCCGGGUGGCUGUGCAGACUGAGGAGGAGGUGCGACAGCCCCCAUGGGCACCUGAUGAGCAGCAGGGUCCAAUCUCUGGGUCUCCUGAAAGUGGAUUUGGGCCAUGAAGAGGGAAAGAGGCCCGAGUUCGUUUCUCCUCAGAAGCUGGGAGAAGCGUUUUGCUUUGAGGGCUCUGUCUUCCUGGCUGUGCUGGGCUGGCUGUGGCAGAACUCAGCCAUUAGCACCAGUGAGGAGGGAAGAAACUCACCCAGGAACCCUGGGGGGCCUAGCCACACAGAGGGAGCUGCCCCAGAGUGGCCCAUUCUUGUGGCUGCCCCCAUUUCUUCUGGCAAAAAGAACCAAGUGCUCUGGAUCAGGUCUCCCUGGCAGGUCCUUUGCAGGGCACAGGCCUGACUUUGGGGUUCCCUAGUUUAAGCCUCGCUUCAUCUUUCUCCCUCCAGAGAUAGAUAUGAGCACUUAGGUAUUAUACCAGGUACUUAAGGCUAGCAGCUACCUCCUUGAGAGUCCAAGAACCUGGGGCAGAAAGUGGAAUUUUAUGUAUUUUUUGGAUUAAUAAAUGUUAAAAACAGACUCAGCUUUCUUUUCCAAUCCCAGUUGCUCCCAUGCGGUUCUACCAGACUUAUGCCUCAUGUCAGCUGGCCCUCUUUCUCCCAUCACCUGCCCUCCAUCCCUGGAGCCCUUGACACAGGGAGGGCCUGCCUUCCAGGCGGAUGAGUCAUGGGGCCUUUAUAAGCACUCAGCUGUCCGGCUUUGCUUUCCAGGAGGAAGCUAGCUGAAGCAAGGGUGUGGAUUUUUAAAUGUGUGCAGAGUCUAAAACCCUGCCCAAAUCAAUUUUCCCAUAAGAAAUGGUAAUAAUAAUAAAAAAAGGAAUGGCUGGAUUUC